AUGGACGACUUGCUUGGUUUCUGUUGUUGUCGAGGAGUCAACAGUGGUUUCGGAGUACCUGGUGCUCUUGUUGAUGCCGCUGUCGAUUAUCUCGAACCAGAAAUCAUUGUCGAUCAAUCCAACAACAGCUUGACUGCGCCAUCUUUUGCCUUCGCCAAACCUCUUGCAGGUUUGGCCUUGUUGGCAGCCUUGGUGCUUGCUGUGUGCUGGAGGUAUGGAAUGUCUGGACGAAUAUCUGAUGAAUUGGAAGAAUGUAUGGAAAGCGAACGAAUGGAUGAGCAUGAUAGCGAGGAUGACGAUGAAACCGACAUGAGCGAAAGCGAGGAUGACGAUGAAAUGAAUAUGAGCGAAAGUGAGGAUGAUAAUGAUGAUGAAACUGAUGUAUGUGACAGCGAGAAGAUGGAAGAUGAUGAUGAUGUAAAACUGAUUCUAGAACUGGAAGAUCUGGAAGACGGCAAGGAGGAACUGGAAGAGACCCCAGAAACUGAACAACUGGAAAUCACUGAGGAGGAAGGACUACAUCAAGAACAGCCAGAUGUAGAAAUGCAGAGAUUGCAAGAAUCCCUGAAAAAGAGUCAGGUUAACGACGCUAAAAUGGAACAGUUCUUGAAUGAAGCAGAAAAGACGAUCGAGCGCAUUCAACGUGAAUUUGAGGGCAAAGAUAUUUUGCUGGAAAAGAAGGCAGACGACACAGCAGCGAUGAGUGUCUGCCAUCAAAAAGAACAAGUUCACGACUUGGAACUGGCUCUAGACAGAGGAGAGACGAAAGACAUCUUUAAUAAAGAGCUGAAGAAACAAAUAGUGUCUCUGGAGAGACGACUCGGGAAGAAUGAACACUUGCCCAAGAAAAGAGAUGAAGACGAGAGGGAAAUGGAAAGGCUCUUCCAGAAGCAGAUGGUUGACAAAGAAAGAGAACUGCAGAGAGCUAAAGAGAAAGAAACUGAACUGAGCCUCAGACUUGAAAAGAUAGAAACUUUCAAUCAAAUUCUCGACGCAGAGAAUGAAGACCUGAUGAGGCUCGUAGUAGACUACAGGGAGGCCUUAGACCAGAAGGAGAGGGAAGUCUACCAUCUGCAAGAAUUACUGGCACGUCAAGCGACAGAGUCUGAGAAUGACCAAGAGAAACUUAGGACUCUGGAAGUGCAAAUGACGGCCAUUGAAGGCACUGUACAAGAACUGGAAAACCAACUGAUGGACGUUAAAGACAACCAGGAAGCUCUCCGAGGAAAACUCAAGCUCACUGAAUCGGAAAACUCUAGACUUAGGGAAGUAGCAGCUGACCUAAAAGAUAGGAAUUGUGAGCUUGAGAAAAACCUGACAGACGAGACCCAGAAGAACUUGGUACUAGAAGAUCAAGUUCAGUUGCUAGAAUCAGUUUUGCACCAAAAAGAAUCUCAAUUGGUCUCUGCAUCAGAAAUUCUAAUUGCAGAAAAAGCAAAAACUGAGAUUAUGGCCGAAGAACUAGAAGUGAUGAGGAACUGGGAACCCUCAUUCCCCAGAACUAGGAGGAUUGGAAGGAAAAGUUUAAAGAAGAGUUAG